AUGAAGAGAACUUCGAUUCAGGAAAUGCUUAAUAAAGCAAACUUUAAUUUUACGAACUUUAAAAAGAAUACAAAUAGAAAACUGUUAGAUGGUUUAAUGGCACCUAGUCAAUUGGACCUUCCACUUUCUGAGCUAUUCAACCAUCGUAGUAAAACUGAAAAUAAACUUUGUGUAAAUAAAAAUAGUUUGAAUGUAGAUGGUUCAAAUGAAAAUAAGGAUAAAGAAUCCACUGAAAAUACUUUUUUAAAGUCAGUUUAUUUAAAACAUUGUGAAGAAGAUGAUAACGAAAAUUCUUAUAUGUUUUUGUGUUCAAAACUUAUGGAAUCUUCGAGUCAGGAUGAGGAAAGCGAUGUUCCUACUUCACAAGGCAAUUUUAUUGGAGAUAAAAAAAUAAACUCUUCAUGUAAAGAUGAGGAUAGUGAUGAUUCUAUUUCAUCAGGUGAAUUUUAUGGAGGUGAGGAAGAAUGGGAAACAAGUUCAAGUGAAGCUGAAGUUGAGUUAAGAGAGCAUGUGAACAGGCUAAAAAUUAUCCUGGGCCACCGAACUAAGAAGUACUUCACUGUGCUGGCAUGUUAUCUUUUUGGUUAUCUCUCUCGAGAAGAACUAGAAGCGGAAAUGCUGAAGUUUCUUACCAAAGCUGAAGUGAUGGCUCACACAAACCUCUUCCGUACAUUCCUGAUUAAAUAUUCAAAAUUCAUUGAACCAAGACCUAAUAAAACGAAAGGUAGAUUUCAUGAACCUAUUACUCCAUGGUAUGAAGAGGAUUUUUGGGAUUGGCAAGCUGAAGCCCCUCCUGAGAAUGAUCAGACAGCUAAAAAAGGUCCUCAGGUAUAUUCGGAUAUUUCUGAUGCAGAGGAGGAUAUGACGACCAACCCUGCAGCGGAACCAGCUCAAGCUGAAUCUGAUCAUGUACAGCCAAAUCAGAUGCCAGAUGAUUUCAACACAAACUAUAAUCCUAAUCUUGGCAACAGAUUUUGGGAAAGAUCUGAAAAUAUUUCAUAUCCUUUAGGAAAUAAUUGGCAAGAUUCUGCUAGUACAUCUUAUUCAUAUGUUUCUAGAUGUCAUCAGGAAUUUUCUAUAUUGAAUAAUGAAACUCCGGUUAACGUUGUAAAUUCGUUUCAAAAUGAAUUGAAUGAAGCAUAUUGUCAGUUCAAUGCUUCUCAUCUUUUUGCAGCUAAUCAAGUUCAGUUCCAAACAAAUGCCGAUGUGGGCUCAUCAAACAUGAGUAGUAUUUUUAAUCUGGAGUCUGUGCCUUCUAAUCCUGAUGGAAACUCUAAUGUCCAGAUAAUGCAACCUUUUGAAAUGAUCUAUGCUGAGCAGUUUGUUAAAGCUGAUGGUCAGGAAAUGAGUGCAUCUAACUCUUUACAUUUUCAACAAGUUCAAGUGUCUGCUCUUCCUGAUAAUCAAACUGCCAUAACUUUUAUCAGCCAGGAAACUAACUAUGUAAUUCGUUCGUGUCCUGUUGAUAUUGGUAAUGUUGAGAGGGAUGUAGAUGCCAUGAUGACUGAAGAGAAUGCCUCUAGUUUUCAAUCCAGUGUUCCUAUGUCAUUUGAUAAUGAAUUUAGUUUUGUAAGUAAUCCUUCAGAAAAUUUGUCUGCCAACUCCUGUGCAAUAUCUGAAUCUGAAUUUUCUUUUAAUUAUAAUGCCCAGUCUUCAAAACUAUCGGAUGAAACAUUCAACCACGAAUAUUUUUUUCCUUUUAAUCAAUUUCAACCACCUCAUGUUCCUGAAGAUUGUUCCACUGCUUUUAAUCAUUUGAGUGAAAUUCAUGCAGAACUCCCAUCUUGUGAACACGUAGAUUAUACAUUUGAUGAAAGUAAUCGGCAAGAUUCUCCAAACUCUGAACUAGAUUCCCCAGGCAGAGAUGUAUCUGAUCAUGAAGUUCCUAAAGUUGUUACUGUGAUAAAUUCUUGUGAUCCUUAUGAAGGAGAGCUUCCCAAUAAUGUUGAAGAAACUAGUAAUUUUACCGACUGUUGCUUGUCAAACCAAUUUAAUACUGUUUCUUGCUCAUUUAAUGAGUUAAAGGAUUCAGAUUUUAGUCAAACUAAAGUGCAGAAAAAAGAUGAUACUGCUAACUUGUGCAUUGAAAAUCCUGAUAUGCAAAACAGUGAAACUGAAUCAAAUAGUGCUGGUGAUAAUGAUUCUUUAGAAGAUUCAGAUAUCAAUGCCAUUCCAUUCUAUGUUGCACUUGGAGUGCCCUCGGCAUCCGAAAUUUGCUUAGAAGUUUUAGAGGAUGAUUAUCAUAAGAAAGGCAUUGAUGAGAUGGUUUUGGAAGGCAUAAAUCAGGCAACAGAGCUUUAUAUACAUGAACUUUUACGAGAUAUGGUGCUUGAGAAACGUGAUGAAUUAUGGGAAAAGCAGAGAAGCCAAACUUUUAGUGAAACAGAACCUGCUCGUCAUUCAAGUAUUGAUGCCUUAACAGAUGAUUUGUUUGAUGUCCUUCAGGAAAAUCCUGAUCUUGUGCCUAUGGAUACUUUACGAGACUUGGUUGUUGAUUUUAUGUUUGAAAAAGUGAAUAACCUUCUUGUUGGUCUUUAAAAUUUUUAAAAGCUUUAAUCUUCAGUUAUACUUACUGUAUCAAUUUAUAUAUUUUGUUUAAAUAAAAACCGAGCUCUAUUUUAUAUAAAUAUGGGCCAAA